GGCGCUGCAGCGGAUCUGGGUGGGCCGGUGAGCCGCGAAGUGGUCCUCGGUUCGGCCCUGUUCUUCCAACGCCCGGGGACGCCGCGGACUCGUCUCCCCGGCCGAGGCGAGCUUGCAAGCCCAGCUGCCUGGCAAGGCGAAAGAGACAAACUAAACGCCAAAGAACCUCCAGCCUCUGCUUCUGCCUGGUUUUAUUUUAUCUCCUGUAAUUAUUUCGGAAAAAAAUAACCAAAAAAUACAUCGCCGUGUUUUUAACAAUUCGUGCCGCGUGUGCAGCUGUUUCCAGCACACCCCUGAUAAACAAAGGAAAAGGGGGAGGGGGCCACGUUUCGCAGAAGACAUGCGUUCUGUCAGGAAGAGGUGGACUGUGUGCACCAUAAGUCUCCUCCUCAUCUUCUAUAAGACGAAGGAAAUAACACGGACCGAGGAGCGCCAGGAGGCAGCUCUCGCCGGAGAUGGUGUACUGAGUGUGAGUAGAUCAAUCAUCAAUAGCUCCGAUAAGAUAAUUCUAAAGGGUGGCUCCUCAAUUUUCCAACAUGCUGCAGAAGGUUGGAAAAUCAAUUCUUCUUUGGUAAUGGAAAUAAGGUGGUUUGCUAUGCACCUUUCUUCCAUGUUGCAGAAGAAUAUUCUCCAGUUCUUGGAUGCCGAAAGAGAUGUCUCAGUGGUCAAAAGCAGCUUCAAGCCUGGAGAUGUAAUUCAUUAUGUACUGGAUAGACGUCGCACUCUAAAUAUUUCUCAGGAUUUGCACAGCCUUCUCCCUGAAGUUUCCCCAAUGAAAAAUCGCCGAUUUAAAACCUGUGCAGUUGUUGGGAAUUCUGGCGUCCUUCUGAAGAGUGGUUGUGGGAAAGAGAUUGACAGCCAUGACUUUGUAAUAAGGUGCAAUCUAGCUCCUGUGGUGGAGUAUGCUGCCGAUGUGGGAACUAAAUCUGAUUUUAUUACCAUGAACCCAUCAGUUGUACAAAGAGCUUUUGGAAGCUUUCGGAAUGAGAGUGACAGAGAAAAAUUUGUGCAUAGACUGUCCAUGCUGAAUGACAGUGUCCUUUGGAUCCCAGCGUUCAUGGUCAAAGGUGGAGAGAAGCAUGUGGAAUGGGUUAAUGCAUUAAUCCUUAAGAAUAAAUUGAAAGUGCGAACUGCCUAUCCAUCACUGAGACUUAUUCAUGCUGUCAGAGGGUAUUGGUUGACAAACAAGGUGCACAUUAAACGACCCAGCACUGGUCUUCUCAUGUAUACGCUUGCCACCAGAUUUUGUGAUGAAAUUCACCUGUACGGAUUUUGGCCAUUCCCAAAAGAUUUACUUGGAAAACCAGUCAAGUAUCACUAUUAUGAUGAUCUGAAGUAUAGGUACUUUUCUAAUGCCAGUCCUCAUAGGAUGCCAUUAGAGUUUAAAACAUUGUAUGUGUUACAUAAUAGAGGAGCACUUAAAUUAACAACAGGGAAAUGCAUACAGCAAUAAAGCACCAGUAUUGUACAAUAAAUACAGAAUACGCACCUCAUCAUAAAGAUCAUAAAGAUGAUGUGAAAUGGCAAUGGGACCACAGUGGGGAUUUGUUUCAAUACCCACUAGGUCAUUGGAAGAAUGUGUUAUAUCAGAAGUACAUAACCAGCUAUUAUACCUGUAAAGUGCUAUAUAACUAAGCUAUCCUGACUGCAAGGGUUCAAGUGCCACUUUCACUAAAAAGAAAGCUUGAAUGUAUGCUCAGUAGUGUUUACAGGAUGCAGUGAUACAUUCUUAAAUUAAAGAAGAAAAAGAGCCUACCAAUUUGCAGCUGUGGUCAGACAGCCCACACAAGAAUACCCAGUGGAUGGAAUAUUUACUUGAGUAAAUAAAUUAGGCUUUGGGAGAAAAUAUCAUGAUGGAUUUGAGUAGAGAAAGUGAAGUCUGUAAGAUCAAAAAAAUCAGUAAAUGCCUUCAAUCAGAGAACUGCUUCUGAUACUGUAUUAUAACCUCAGCUUUUGUUGCUGUUUUUAUUGCCGUUGGUUGGGUUUUGUUUUUAAGUCUUGGAGCCCUUACAAGAUUUCAAGGAUGUUAUGAGUAAUUACAUUUUUUAUCUUAUGGAAUUGUCUUAAGGAAAAAAGAUUAGUAAGCAUAGGAGGGCGGACUGGAACAUCAAAUAUUUUACCAAGUGUUAUUGUGUUGCAUCCUGCUGUGAUACAGUCCUCAGCAUCCCAAUUGUUCUUCUAGAUACUGUUGUCAGUACCCAUUACAUGAAACCACACAGAUACCAUUUGAUCUGACUUAUAAGUUUUUCUCUCCUGUACAGAUUUGAAGACAUUCAAGAGGGUGCCCUUGUUUUCAGUGCCAAAGAUUACUUUUAUACACUUUUUUCCCUUAUCGUGGAGAAAUGGUGUGGAUUUAUGUUUCUUUGCUGCUUAAAGGAGCAUAUUCUUUGUUAUUUAUAUUUUUUAAGCAUCUCCAAUCAAAGCUUUUUUAUAGACUUCACAUAUAGAAUUCUUCAGAAAAAUCUGCAGGAGUAAAGAAAUUACUUAAUGUAUUCAAAUACCUAUGUGUGUGUGUGUGUGUGUAUAUAUAUGUACAUGUAUGUAUGUAUAUAGUUUUAUUCUUGGUGGAAAGAAAAAGUCUAAAGAAACUCAGGUGACAGUGGAACUAAAGGGAAAAAAACACCUAGCCAAUUAAUGGGAAAAUAUGUAGAUCAUACAGUUCUUUUAAACUUCUAAUGCUGUUAAAUGAUCUCUUUAUUUAAGAUAAUUUAGAUGUUCUGUUGUGUAACUGACUGAAAUAACACAUUAUCUCACAGUUGGUUUUUUGAUCAUCAGUCUUGUUUAUCCAAAAAAUCAAGAGUUCUUUCACUUCCUUUUUCCAAAAAAAGAAAACAAGAAAUUGCAGGAGUAUAGGAGAGGGUGGAGUGUCAGUACAGCAUACAUUAAGAAACACAACUUGUUAUCCUAUCAUGUAUUUUAGUGCUAAAGGAGCACAUAAAUAGGUAACAUCAUGGUUUCAUAUCUUUCCUUUUAUGCUUGGCUAAGGAGUAGGCCUGCAGGUAUAAUGUAUGGAUAUUUUCUUGUUAUAUUUUCAGAGCUACAUUAGGUCCUGAUCUCCAGAUAUGAUAUUCAGCAUGUCUACUGAAUUUUUAAUUAGUUUGAGCAAUUUCAUAUGUUUUACCAUUCUCACAGAUAUUUAUUAGCUGUAAAUGCUCUUUAUUACCCAUUUUCUUAAGUUCAUGUAUCGUAUGUAAAUGCAUGAUUGGAGAUCUGGGAUUAUUGGUAGCUAAAUCAGUGCCUUGCAGUCAAAUAUUACAGAAAGUUGAAAGUUAGUUUUGUUAUAUGUAAGAUACCGUAAUAUCUUUCCCUAUUCACCAGACUCUUGUACUUAGGACAGUUUACUCUGGCUACAUGCUAACGUGCAGUAAGUGGUCCUGCCAUGAAACUCACUGAAACCAAGGCAUCAUGAGGAAGUAAACAGCCAUGCAGACUGCAAUGUGCUUAAUUUGAUGUUUAUAAACCAGAGGGUGCUAUUUGUUCACUAUUGUACACCUUCAUUUUAAUACAAGGUUAUUUCUUCAGUUAAGGGUGAGCAUAUUCUUGUUUUUGCUGUUAGGGUUUUGCUACUGUUGAUCUUCUAAAGCAUAUUUCAUAUACAUUGACAAAAAAAAUUAUUUCAUUGCUAUUGAAAUAAAGAAUUCACAGACUGCCAGUCUCUCAGAAGCUUAGAGAAACAUCUGCUCAACUUUAUCUUACGGGAGUGUAUUUUCUUCUCUCUAGUGUCAGGCCAUUGACAGACCUCAUACCCAAGUAGUCUAAAAUGCUAACUGACAGGUGAUUUUGUUCACCUGUGGAAUGUUUGAGUGUGCCAAUUGAUUAUGUGUACCCGUUAUGACAGCAAAAUGGGUACUCUCACAUUCCUUGGCAGUAAAAAAAAAUAUUUGUGCAAAUGAAUACAUGAAAAGAGUAUCAUGUAAAUAGAAAGACAGGUGAGAAAAUUUGCAUUUAAAAGUCAGCAGAGAAAUUAAAUCUUGGCCUAAGCCUUGGUUUUGCAUGCUUCACAUUUGAUUUUCUGCAAGCGAAGUUAACUUUAGUACAAAAGCCAUGGAGGCCAGAUUUUUAUCCUAUCACUAAAUUUCUCUGACUUGGUUUGGCACAAGAUAUGACAGUAGUACCUGCUUCAAAGACAACAGAGUUUUCCCAUACCUCCUCAAAACUGCGCCUUAACCUCAUGUUCUGCAGGCUUUCUACCUUGAGUACUGCACUCUUGGACACUGUGAGCCAUAGGAUUAGGGCACUCAGUUGUCAUCUACACUCAUACUUCUCACAGCACUCUCCCCUUAAACCAGCACCUAGGUGUGUCUCCUUUCCAAAACCGUGGUACUCCACACCAGUACACCUCUUCUCUCACCUGCCUCACUUUAUCCUGAGCUGAGGUGUGAUGUACUGAGGGGUGGGUAUCAAACUAUUCUCUGAGGUAGUUGUCAUCUGACUGUGUUGGUUUUUACAAAAACUAGGCGUCAUUUUACGCUUGUUCUUGUAUAAGACCUGUGUCCAUGUGGAGCCCAAAGAUUCUGGGUGGCUUUUUGUGUGUUUUUCAAAAACAAAUUGUUUUGAGAUGGUUUGUGACCACCAGCUACUGUUUGGUCUAAGGUGACCUGAGGUGAGACAUGCCCCGGACUUUCCUUGUUCUUUGCAUUCUACAGCUGGGAAGCUGUAGCAAUGGAUUCAUUACAGACACCCUUCUUAUCUUUCCCUUAUACUUCUUGGGCUCUUGGAGCAUUUCUGUUAAGGCACCCCAGAACCUAAAUGGAAAAACAGAUUACUUCCCAAAAGGUGACCCAGGACAUUGCAGCAAAAUCUUAACUGCUCUUCAGAGACUUGAGGUGGAAUAGAUUUCACUUUGCAGUCCUUUAUUGGUUACCAGUGAACAGCUUAAGCCUUCAUAGCUGCCUUGGGUGAUUUAUGUUGUUUUAUCUAUAUUCAUAUCUCUGCUGCCAGCAGCACAGAGCAGAUAAUCAAUUUAUAUUAUAAUUACCACUUUUAUAAUCCAAUACUAUCAACAACUAAAACAAAGUAGUAGGAUAAAAAGAAAGAUCCCUCAUGUAUCUGCCCUGGUGAGGAACAAUUGAAAUGCCAAUCAGUUGUGUUCAGAGUGUUCCUCAAAUUUAUCCUCUCAUCAGCUAUGUAAGUUUCCUGCUGUAGUUCCUAAAUGUACAUUAAAAACAAGAACUGGAAAUUAAAUCAAGAAGCAGACUGCAUCUGUUUUUCCAAAGGUUAUGGCAGCUUUGCAUUAAACAACUUGAUUUCAUUCGGAUAAAUUGAUUGUAAAUUGUUUGUUCGAUACAUGUUAAUGUUUCUGUGACAGUCCUUCAUAUUUCAUACAAAUAAUAAGUAAGUUCUUGAUUGUUAACUUUCCAGCUUUGGAACAGUUCUCUUCCACAGCUCUGAGACACUCUCCAGAUAUAAGAUCUACUGAACCUUUCAAAUCUGAGUCUGAUGUAGUAACGACUGUAUCAUUCUUUUGUUAGACAAUAUAAGCAACAUGUUUGAGGUCAGUACUUUUUCUCUAAUUGCAAUUUGAAGAAAAACAGGUGCAGGUUCAGUACCUUUUUAAGUGAUUGAUCUAGCAAAGUGCUAAGCACUCUUUGCAGUGACUUUUCCUGGGAGAAACAUGUCCAGGAUUUACAUGGGGAUCUAGAUUAGCAUAUUUCGGGAUAGAACUCUGAAAUUGCACAUUAUUUAUUUUUAAGAGCACUGUUACUUUGUGCAAGGAAAAGCACAAUUGUUAUAAAUGUAGAUAAAGGAGAGUACUAUUGCUACUGAGUGUAUGUCAUACGAUUUCUGUGGUUAAAAGUAUUGAUACAUAUUCUUUCAGAAUUGCCAUGUUUGACACUGUUAGUUCUUAUUUCAAGUACAGCUAUGGGGAUUGUUUCUUAUUUGUAUAACUGAAAAAUAAAAAAUUUCCUUUCAUGUUUUCUGCUA